GUGCGGACUACCUCUCCCGCCUCGGGCGCGCUCCAGCCCGCGCGCUCCCGCGGCCCCGCGCACUCCAGCCGCUUCUCCCUCCCCGCCGCGACGCACAGGCAAGCCGCUCUGAGAGCUCGCGGCCGGGGCCCUGGCGUGCAGAGAGGGCCUCGGCGGGGCCCAGCGGCGGGGCCCGGGAGGAUGCGGCCCGGGGCGGCCCGAGUGCUGAGCAGGGUCCCCGCGUCAGCCCCGAGCGGUCCCGGCUUCAGCCGAAGCCGCCGCCCCGCCCCCGAGAGACAUGACUUCCAAGCCGCAUUCCGACUGGAUUCCCUACAGUGUCCUAGAUGAUGAGGGCAGCAACCUGAGGCAGCAGAAGCUUGACCGGCAGCGGGCCCUGUUGGAGCAGAAGCAGAAGAAGAAGCGCCAGGAGCCCCUGAUGGUGCAGGCCAAUGCAGAUGGGCGCCCCCGGAGCCGAAGGGCCCGGCAGUCAGAGGAGCAAGCCCCCCUGGUGGAGUCCUACCUCAGCAGCAGUGGCAGCACCAGCUACCAAGUUCAAGAGGCCGACUCACUUGCCAGUGUGCAGCUGGGAGCCACCCGUCCACCAGCACCAGCCUCAGCCAAGAAAACCAAGGCAGCAGCUGCAUCGGGGGGCCAGGGUGGGGCCCCUAGGAAGGAGAAGAAAGGAAAGCACAAAGGCACCAGCGGGCCAGCAACCCUGGCAGAAGACAAGUCUGAGGCCCAAGGCCCAGUGCAGAUCCUGACUGUGGGACAGUCAGACCACGCCAAGGAUGCAGGGGAGACAGCAGCCGGUGGGGGCACACGGCCCAGCGGGCAGGACCUCCGUGCCACGAUGCAGAGGAAGGGCAUCUCCAGCAGCAUGAGCUUUGAUGAGGAAGAGGAUGAGGAUGAAAACAGCUCUAGCUCCUCCCAGCUAAACAGCAACACCCGCCCUAGUUCUGCCACUAGCAGAAAGUCCAUCAGGGAGGCAGCCUCAGCCCCCAGCCCAGCAGCCCCAGAGCCACCAGUAGAUAUUGAAGUCCAGGAUCUAGAGGAGUUUGCUCUGAGGCCUGCCCCACAAGGGAUCACCAUCAAAUGCCGCAUCACUCGGGACAAGAAGGGGAUGGACCGGGGCAUGUACCCCACCUACUUUCUGCACCUAGACCGUGAGGAUGGCAAGAAGGUAUUCCUCCUGGCGGGAAGGAAGAGAAAGAAGAGCAAAACUUCCAAUUACCUCAUCUCUGUGGACCCGACAGAUUUGUCUCGGGGAGGCGACAGCUACAUUGGGAAAUUACGAUCCAACCUGAUGGGCACGAAGUUCACUGUUUAUGACAAUGGCAUCAACCCUCAGAAGGCUUCAUCUUCUACACUGGAAAGUGGAACUUUGCGCCAGGAGCUGGCAGCUGUGUGCUAUGAGACAAAUGUCCUAGGCUUCAAGGGACCUCGGAAGAUGAGUGUGAUUGUCCCAGGCAUGAACAUGGUUCAUGAGAGAGUCUGUAUCCGUCCCCGCAAUGAGCACGAGACACUGCUAGCACGCUGGCAGAACAAGAACACGGAGAGCAUCAUUGAGCUGCAAAACAAGACACCAGUCUGGAAUGAUGACACACAGUCCUACGUACUCAACUUCCAUGGGCGUGUCACACAGGCUUCUGUGAAGAACUUCCAGAUCAUCCAUGGCAAUGACCCGGACUACAUCGUCAUGCAGUUUGGCCGGGUAGCAGAAGAUGUGUUCACCAUGGAUUACAACUACCCACUGUGUGCACUGCAGGCCUUUGCCAUUGCGCUGUCCAGCUUUGAUAGCAAGCUGGCCUGCGAGUAGAGGCCUCCUCUGCCUUUAGGGUGGCCCGGUCUGGAGUGGAGCUUGCCUGCCUGCCGAGACAGCCCUGCCUCCCCUCUGUUCAUAGGCCCUCAGUGGGCUUUCUGGCCUUACCAACCAGAAACUGGCUGCUCUGCCUCUGCUGCUGAAGCAGGGGGACAGCAAAUGGGUCUGAAGGGAAAAGAGUAUUUCUGUGCCCCAAGGUCAACACACAUA